UUUAUCUACCGACGUUGUCCCGGGACUCUCAGACAUGGGGCUGCAGGCUCGAGCUCUCGUUUCUGCCAAAUGGCUUUCAAACAUGGUCCAGAGCAACCUGGUCGGCCCCCGGCUGCGCCUCCUGGACACGUCCUGGUACCUCCCGAUGAUGAACCGGGACGCGCAGAAGGAGUUCAAACGAGGUCACAUCCCGGGAGCGUCUUUCUUCGACAUAGAUGCCUGCUCGGACCGGAACUCAAAGUUCGACCAUAUGCUCCCGACCGAGCAGUUCUUCGCCGACUACGUGGGGGCCCUGGGCAUCGGGGGGGACAGCCAUGUGGUGGUCUACGACGCCAGUGACUUUGGGUUGUUCUCAUGCACUCGGGUCUGGUGGAUGUUCCGGUUGUUUGGACACGCGCAGGUGUCGGUGCUGAACGGGGGCUUCAGGGACUGGCUGAAGGGCGGGUACCCGGUCUCCGGCGCGUCCGCCCGGCCCGAGGCCGCGCGCUUCACCGCCAGCAUGAACCGCUCCUGGGUGAAGUCCUUUGAGGACAUCUCGGACAACAUCGAGACGCAGCGGUUCCAGGUGGUGGACGUGAGGCCCCGCGAGCGGUUCCGUGGAUUAGAGCCAGAACCCAGAGACGGCAUCCAACCGGGUCACAUCCCCGGCUCCAAAUGCAUGCCCUUCCUCGAGUUUCUCGACGACGACGGCAUGAUGCUCUCCCCGGAGAGGCUGAGGAAGUUCUUUGAGGAGUCCAACGUGGACCUGAGUCAGCCAAUCAGUGGCACCUGUGGCUCCGGAGUGACCGCCUGCCACAUGGUGCUGGCCGCCCAUCUGUGCGGCGCCCCAGACGCCUCUGUGUACGACGGCUCCUGGUACGAGUGGUUCGCCAAGGCCCCGCCGGAGCACGUGGUCUCCGAGGCCGACCGCGAGCGCCGGGGAUGACCAACAGCGAGAGAAAGUCUUGCUUACUAACCGCCAUUUAAAUGCAUCACUUCAUGUUACUGACUGUAAUUAUCACACAUUAAGCCGAAUCACAAAUAUUUUAACCCGGAGAAGUCUGAACUCAAUUUGACCUUUUAUUGGACUGAAUGUCACAAAGCUCUUGUUGGUCAGAACAUGUGGAAAAAUCCAUUACUGACCAAUUAAUGAAUACCUUUUUUCAAAAAAAGCUUAUUCUGCAUAAUAAUUCCGACUAAAUCUUUUAUCUGAAAGCAUUAACAGAGUAUUAUAAAUAAUACUCUGUUAAUGCACUUUUUACAAUAUAUUGUAACAAUGACUUCUUAUUAAAGGAAAGUUAAAGCAUG